AUGCCUUCCACGUUCGACAUCCCCUCCCUCUUCGUCGCCGACAAGGACGCACGAAAGCAGGCCGCCGAGCAGUUGGCGAGUCAGUCGAAGAAUGAGAAGGUGAACUUCUUUGGAGAGAUUGGGUUGGGCGAUGCUUUGGUCAAGGCCCUCGGAGACAAGAAGAAGCCCGAGGCUCGUGAGGGUGCCGCCGAGGUCAUCUCGACCUUGUGCGAGAACGGUGCCGCUCAAAAGCUCGAGUGCUUCAUCGUCACCUCGGAGCCCGGUACCGUCUUCCCCGCCCUCCUCGAGGCUUUCGCCGACAAGACUCCUAGCGUCGCCGCCGCCUCGCUCGCUGCCGUCAAGUCGUUUGUCACCUCGAUGAACCCCUGGGCUACUCCCGUCCUCUUGCCCGCGCUCUUGCACCAGAUCCAGACCGCUGGGAAAUGGCAGAUCAAGACCGGGUCGUUGGCCAUCAUCGACCAGCUCGUCGUCGCCGCUCCCGUUCAGACCGGAAAGGCCAUGCCCAUGAUGGUCCCCGUCCUCGCCGACGCCGUCUGGGACACCAAGUCGGACGUCAAGAAGGCCGCCAAGUCGACCUUGACCAAGGCCACCGCCCUCGUUGCCAACAAGGAUAUCGAAAAGUUCAUCCCCGCCUUGAUCAAGGCCCUCGUCAACCCCAUCGAGGAGGUCCCCAAGACCAUCGCCUUGUUGUCCGCCACCACUUUCGUCUCCGAGGUCGACGCCCCCUCGCUCUCGUUGAUGGCCCCGCUCUUGUCCCGAGGUUUGGACGAGCGUGCCACCGCCAUCAAGCGAAAGGUCGCCGUUAUCGCCGACAACAUGACCAAGCUCGUCGACAACGAGUACACCGUCCGACCUUUCGUCCCCAAGCUCUUGCCCGGUCUCUUGAAGACUGCCGAGGUCAUGGCCGACCCCGAGGCUCGAGGCGUCGUCAACCGUGCCAUCAAGACCUUGCGAGAGGUCUCCAAGGUCUACGAGGGUGACGGUACCAACGUGCCUCCUCUCAAGAUCGCCGAGGGUAACCACCUCGUCACCAACUUGAUCGCCGAGUUCAAAAAGGCCGACGCCAAGGAGAUCCCGGACAACGAGAACCCCGCGCUCGUCUACGCCGGUGUCCUCGCUGCCGGACUCGUCAACGCCCACAACUAUGACCAGCAGACUUGGGAGUCGACCUUGUGCCCUUACCUCUCCUUGGCCGUUCCCGGGUACGACAACGGUCCCGUCGUCCGAGAGCUCUUGCAGAAGAAGGCCGACGAGGAGGGUCAGGACGACCGAGUGUUCGACGACGAAGAGGAGGGCGAGGACUUGUGUAACUGUACCUUUUCGCUCGCUUACGGUGCCAAGAUCUUGUUGAACAUGGCCACCUUGCGACUGAAGCGUGGACACCGAUACGGUCUCUGUGGACGAAACGGGUCCGGGAAAUCGACCUUGAUGAACGCCAUCGUCAACAACCAGGUCGAGGGUUUCCCCGACCCUUCGGUCGUCCGAACUUUCUACGUCCAGCACGACAUUGAUGGGUCCGAGGCCGACAUCUCCGUCGUCGACUGGGUCUUGUCCGACAAGCGUCUCUUGGGAACGCCCGAUGACAUCCGAAAGACCUUGAGGGACGUCGGGUUCGACGACGCCAAGCAGAAGCACCCCAUCGGUUCGUUGUCGGGUGGAUGGAAGAUGAAGCUCGCCCUCGCCCGAGCCAUCUUGUUCAAGGCCGACAUCUUGUUGUUGGACGAGCCUACCAACCAUUUGGACGUCAUCAACGUCACCUGGUUGAUCGACUACCUCACCUCGCUCACCAACUGUACCUCGAUCAUCGUCUCGCACGAUUCCGACUUUUUGAACAGGACCGUCACCGAUAUCAUCCACUUGAACCGAUUCAAGAUCAAGCGUUACCCCGGAAACUUGGAGGCCUUCGUCAAGAUGGUCCCCGAGGCCAAGUCUUACUACCAGCUCGAGGCCGCCGAGGACUACAAGUUCAAGCUGCCCGUGCCUCCUCUCUUGGACGGAGUCAAGACCAAGGAGAAGUCGCUCUUGAAGAUGCGAAAGGUCAACUUCUCGUACCCCGGUUCCGCCGUCCAGCAGCUGUUCGACGUCACCUUGAUGGUCUCGCUCUCUUCCCGAGUCGCCAUUCUCGGACCCAACGGUUCCGGAAAGUCGACCUUGGUCAAGCUCUUGACCGGAGAGACCGAGCCCAACGGUGGACUCGGCGACGCUAGCAACGCCGGAGAGGUCUGGAAGCACCCCAACUUGGUCAUCGGAUACGUCGCUCAGCACGCUUUCCACCACAUCGAUUACCACCUCGACAAGACCCCCCUGGACUACAUGUUGUGGCGAUACCAGACCGGUGAGGACUUGGAGGAGCUCCAAAAGGCCUCGAGGCAGUUGACCCCGGAGGAGGAGAAGAAGAUGAAGGAGGGAGGUACCGUCAUUGUCGAGGGUGCCAAGCGAAUCAUCGAGGAGUUGGUCGGACGAAAGAAGCUCAAGCAGUCGUACGAGUACGAGAUCUCGUUCAAGGGUCUCUCGUCGACCGAGAACAUUUGGAUGUCGCGUGACGAGUUGCUCGUCCGUGGAUUCGAAAAGAAGGUCAUGGAGCUCGACUCGCGAGAGGCUCAGCGAUUGGGUAUGAUGAGGCCCCUCGUUCGAAAGGAGAUUGAGCAGCAUUUCGCCGAUUUCGGUCUCGAGUCCGAGUUCGUCUCGCACAACACCAUGCGAGGUCUGUCCGGAGGUCAAAAGGUCAAGGUCGUCUUGGGUGCCGCCACCUGGCGAAAGCCCCACGUCAUCUGUCUGGAUGAGCCUACCAACUACUUGGACCGAGAGUCUUUGGCCGCCUUGAUCGAGGCCCUGAAGGACUUUGAGGGAGGAGUGUUGGUCAUCACCCACAACCGAGAGUUCUCGGAAUCCGUGUGCAAGGAGAUCUGGGCCAUGAAGGACGGACACCUCAUCGCUUCCGGUCACGACUGGGUCGAGAGCGGUCAGGGUUCCGGUGCCCGAAUCGACCAGCGAAAGGAGGACGAGGAGGACCAGUUUGACGCCAUGGGUAACAAGAUCGUCAAGGUCGAGAAGGCCAAGAAGGCCAGCGCUGCCGAGCUCCGAAAGAAGAAGAAGGAGAGGAUGGCCCGAAGGAAGCGAGGCGAGGGUGAGCAGAGCGACAUCUUUACAGUUGUUUAUGAACAUCUGGCUGACCAUAUGACCUUGUUGUUUGAUCCUUGCAGAGGUCCUCACCGACGAGGACGAGCUAUAGAAGGGCACCGUCUAGCCCACCUGGCUGUGUCGCGUCCCGAUCAUUUUCUUCGUCGAGCAUUUCGGUGCAUGUACUGCUUCUUUAAUUUCUCUCAUGACGAUUUCCAUUCUACAUUCGUUUGCAAGUCCGUCUAUUGA